GUUCCACCCGCUUCCAGAAUUUGACGAGGGUAAGCGAAGCUGUAGGCGUAGACUCGCUGGGCAUAACCGUAGGAGGAGGAAAACUCAGCCAGAGGAUGCUGCUUCACGAGUAUUACUCCCUGGGAGCAGUGAGAAAGGCAUCAAUAGUGACUUGGACAUUGUUAAUCUGCUUGCUGUUCUGGCUCGUGCACAAGGAAACACUGAGGACAGGGGUUCUACAUUACCUGACAAAGAUCAGCUUCUGCAAAUUCUGUCAAAAAUAAAUGCAUUGCCUUUACCAGCAAAUUUAGCAGCAAAGUUGCCCAUUUUCAGCAAUUUGGGCAGGAGUGUACCUAAUCAAGUACCCUCUCAAAAUCAGAGCCACUUGGAUGAAAAUAGUUCUCCAUCAACUAUGGACUUGCUUAGGCUUCUAUCAGGAACUCCCCCUGUGUGUGCUCCUAAUAAGAUGGAGAGUGAACCUGAAAGAAGCAGCCAGGGGAGUGACUCUGAGAAAACCAACUCUGCUUGCUCUGAUCAAGCUGCAUGCCUCAAUUUGAACAGUGGGCCUGCUAUGGAAUUCCCUUGCAUCGGAGGAGAGAGAAGCUGUUCAAGCACACAAUCUCCUGUUGAUGAUUCAGAUUGUUGUGUUGAAGAAAUACAUCCACAUCUACCGCUACAGCUCUUCAGCUCUUCACCUGAGGAUAAUUGCCCACCAAAACUGCCUGCUAGUCGAAAAUACUUCUCUUCUGACAGCAGUAAUCCCUCUGAAGAAAGAUCACCUUCAUAUUCACCGACUGUUGUGCAGAAGCUGUUCCCGGUGAAGAGAGGAACCUUGAAGCAGGGGAACACAUCGAGUGAUGGAGAUGGUGAUGCAAAUUCUAGAGCUAUUCGAGAUGCUGGUUGCAAUACAUCACUCCAGCUCUUUGCUGGUUCGAGUGUGGGAAAUGAUGUCGGUUCAAUUCAAAGUUUUCCUUUCCAAGCAGGUUACACAUCAUCUUCUGGCUCCGAUCAUUCACCAUCUAGCUUGAAUUCGGACACCCAGUGGCUUAAUGCACAGCUGGAAAUGAUAAUGACAUUUAUCAAUCCUGGAUCGUAUGGCUCGUUAUCUUCAAUUUUUGCAAGGAUCCCAGUCAUUGCCAUGAAAGAUUGGAAACGCAGAUUCCCAAUGGCUUCAACAGCCCGUCCGGAAAUGAAGCGAAAGCUUUAUUGGCAUGGUUGGUUCGGUUUUGAGUUAUUACAUGUCAUGAUAUUUGGGGCAAGUGCAGAGAAGAGUGAAGAGAGAUGA